AUUAGAUGUUAAAAAUGCGAUGAGGGAGGGCCAAACCCUUUUCGCGGCACCGGGGAGCCAGUGGUAGGCACGUACAGAAGCCACUCGCCCAUGCAACGCGGCGCCCUGCAUCCACAGGCCACACGGCGCACGCUUAAAAACCGCUCCCGGAUCUAAACCUCUCACCCCAUUGGUCGCCCACAGGCUUGGAAAGCUAGAACCACUAGCUCCGAUCCACCCCCCUGCUGGCGGCUGGGUAGAUCUCUUCCUGCACGGUCACGAGGCCUAGCUAGCCUGCAGCCAUGGUGACCAUGGGCAAGAAGAAGCUGGCCGACGAAGAGAUCGCCUACUGCUACGGCGCCGCCGGCGUCGUCGACGACCAGGGCAGGGCCACGGAGCUGCGCCCGCUCGCGCUGUCGUCGCCGCACACGCAGGCGUUCCACCUCGCCUGGCUCUCCCUCUUCGCCUGCUUCUUCGCGGCCUUCGCCGCGCCGCCCAUCCUCCCGGCGCUGCGGCCCGCGCUCGUGCUCGCGCCAACGGACGCCCCCGCCGCCGCCGUGGGCUCUCUCUCCGCCACGCUCGUCGGCAGGCUCGCCAUGGGCCCCGCCUGCGACCUCCUCGGCCCGCGCCGCGCGUCGGGGGUCGCCAGCCUCCUCGCGGCGCUCGCCGUCGCGGCCACCGCGGUCACCGCGUCGUCGCCCGCGGGGUUCGUCGCGCUGCGCUUCGUCGCGGGCCUCUCCCUCGCCAACUUCGUCGCCAACCAGCACUGGAUGUCGGGCAUCUUCGCGCCCUCCGCCGUUGGGCUCGCCAACGCCGUCGCCGCCGGCUGGGCCAACGUCGGCAGCGCCGCGGCGCAGCUCGUCAUGCCGCUGGCCUACGAGCGCGUCCUCCGCCUCGGCGUCCCCGUCACCGUCGCCUGGCGCGUCACGUACCUCCUCCCCUGCGCGCUGCUCAUCACCACGGGGCUCGCCGUCCUCGCCUUCCCCUACGACCUCCCGCGGGGCGCCGGCGUCGGCGGCGGAGCCAAGACCAGGAAGAGCUUCUGGAAGGUGGUGCGGGGGGGCGUCGCCGACUACCGCGCCUGGGUGCUCGCGCUCACCUACGGCUAUUGCUACGGCGUCGAGCUCAUCAUGGAGAACGUCGCGGCCGACUUCUUCCGGAAGCGGUUCCUCCUCCCCAUGGAGGCGGCGGGCGCCGCGGCGGCGUGCUUCGGCGCGAUGAACGCGGUGGCGCGGCCGGCGGGAGGGAUGGCGUCGGACGCCGUCGCGAGGCUGUUCGGGAUGCGCGGGAGGCUGUGGGUGCUAUGGGCCGUCCAGACCGCCGGCGCGGCGCUGUGCGUGCUCGUGGGAAGGAUGGGCGCCGCGGAGGCGCCGUCUCUGGCCGCCACCAUGGCGGUGAUGGUGGCGUGCGCGGCGUUCGUGCAGGCCGCGUCCGGCCUCACCUUUGGAAUCGUCCCCUUCGUCUCCAAGAGGUCGCUGGGCGUGGUGUCCGGGAUGACGGCGAGCGGCGGCGCGGUGGGCGCGAUCGUGACGAACCGGCUCUUCUUCAGCGGGUCGCGGUACACCAUCGCGGAGGCCAUCUCCCUAACCGGCGCCGCCAGCCUUGUGUGCACGCUCCCGCUGGCCCUCGUCCACUUCCCGCGCCACGGGGGCAUGUUCUGCGGCCCGAUGAUGGCCGCCGGCGACGACCACCACGACGACGAUGACGCUGCCGCAGACGACCAUGGCGACUACAUGCUCCUGAAAUGAGAAGGGAAACUGCAUACGAAUUUGUAUAUAUAUACAUAGUUGUCGGUACAUACAGACAGGGUACCACAUAUAGGGUACCUCCUGCUAGUGUGUCCAGUCCGAGGGGCAUGAGGUUAUCCGUAACCUCGCACUAAGCCUUUGGGUGACGGGGUGUACGGCCCGGGCCUGACAGCCCGGGUCACAGUCUCCGAACCUCCCCCCGUACUCUAGCAGGUCCGGCGCCUCCACGUGCCCACGAGGACAAGACGCACAGGAACGGCUACCGCCGACCCGGUCCACCGCGGGAUGGUCCGGGCCCCUACGAGUGGAAGCCGGACCCCCUGGGGGCCUGUGCACCUGGGCCGGCCUUGGGGGCCCGGACCUCCUAUCCCUCCGGGGAGGAGGUCCGGUGCCGCCACGUGCCCCUGAGAAAGCGGCUGCUAAGCCAGCUCUGGCACGUGUCCGGUGGCAGUAAGCUUUCUGCGGGGACGCCAACCUAACUACCGCAUUAAAUGCGGGUAGGUGGGCUGCGCGUGCCCGUGACAGGGCGUGGGCUGCCCACUGACACGUUGGGUAGGUAUGACUGACACCACGGUAAGCCCGCCUGUUACCGAGGCGGCUCGUCGCAUCACCAUACUGUGUACACAGACGGGCGGCGUGUAGUCACAUCACAACGCCACACGCGUGAGCAAAGGGUAAUUAUGAUCUGCUGCAGGAGGGCCGCAGCGUGUGCUGCUACAGCGCGCGCGGAGGCUGCAGGUCAACAUAGCCUAUUUGCCUGUCAGCGGGAACUGUGACCCAACAGUGACAGCACGUCUUCCACUGUGCGUGUCACAGGCAGCAGACCCUGUGCAGACGAGACGGCACAAGACCAAAUCCAGACGGAGGAUACGCACGAGAGCUGAAGAGGAAGAUUUCCGAAUCUGUGGCAUAAAGGCUCCGAUGUGUAUGUUAUUUAAUAUGCAACCAGGCCCACCUGUCGGGGCUCCGCUCAGUGUACGCACUCCCCUUGAGCCUAUAAAAGAGAGAGCACGCACAUUAGAACACAA